GCCACUCGGGAGCCACACGACCAUGUUCAAUCCGUCGUCUACACGCUGCUAAGGUCCUCCACAUCUUUCUUCCUCUCCCUUCACCUCGCCAGCUGGUCUGUGCGGCCUACACUUGCUUUCUCUUUCUCUGCACUUGUCUAGCUAGUCUAUAUUUUCAAUUUGGACUUUCUGCUGCUACAAAUCUUACUUCUCCCUUCUUCGGGUGUAUUAGUACUGUUGCUUUUCACGAACGGAUCAGCUAUAUUCGAUAUACGAACGACAUGCUUCCCUCAAAUCCACGCACUGGUCAGAGCAGGUCCGUCUCAAGACAGCCGACCAUGACUCAACAGAGGUCGGUCAGUCGCCCUAGGGAGCGAUACUCGGUUGAAGACGAUAGAGGUGGGAGGGGGCGCAAUCAGGACAGGAGUACUAGCUACCAGCGACAAGUACGCCCGCAACGGUCAGUGGGAAUUAUGCAGUAUCCUCGAAAUAAGGAACCAGCCCUUCCACCACCUCCGAGUCCGAGGGAGCGAUACUCGGCUCAAGAUGACAGAGGUGGAAGGGGACGUCAAGUACGCCCACAACGCCCGAUGGGAGUCAUGCAGUAUCCUCGAAAUAAGGAACCGGCUCUUCCUCCACCUCCAAGUCCGACACAAAGGUCGAGAGUCAGGUCUCCUGCUACUAGGCCAGCACCAUCUGCAUAUCCUCGUCCUCCACCAUCAAGAGAGUCAGAUUCCUCCUCUUCGUCUCUGUCAUCUUCUGGAUCAUCAACAUUUCUUGAUCGCAUGCGUCACCGCGGUGGAGCAGGUUCGUCGUCACAGUCAAGCUUUGAACUUGAUCCGGAAGGUGCCAAAGAAACGAGGGGAAGCGAUGAUUAUCGAAAACCAGGUUUAUUUUGGGAAGGAACAGCGACCUCUUCAAGAGCGGAGGAAGAGUCAUCUGCGAAUGACUUGGUCUCAUACGGGUAUUCGAUUUGGAAUCGCGUUGCUACCGCUGCUAGUGCCUGGGCUUGGAACGGGAGCAGUAACGAUGCCGUGAAAGGCGUUGCACCGUCAUCAGGAGAUUCGGAGAUUACGCGUGCCUUGAAAAAUUAUUACAUCAGUAAAGCACGAGACAGAUCAGACUUGCCCGACUGGUUGUUUGAUGAACGGGAACGAGGAGUAGGCAUGGAGGAAGUUGCUCCUCGGUCUAUGUGUUACGAUGAGCAACAUGCGACAGGUGCCGCAGAACCUAUUGCUCGCGCUCGUGGCAGAGGAUUCCGGGAUAUCUACGACAGCGUUGCCUCAGAUACUCCAGAGCCUCGUGUGCAUGAAAGAAAUGAUAAUUACAGAGCGCCAGUGCCCGGCUCCGGUAAUACGACUCCAUCCCGAGCAAACGACCGGUUAAAAGCGCUAAGAGAUGCGAAACGACAGGCUGCGACUGCAAGCCGCGUGGCGGAGUCAGUGGGGGGCAGAGGCGCUAUCGAGAGGAGAAGUGUUGAUGUUUAUGAUACGCGGUACGAAGAUAGUUGGUCGUCAGGACGGGGAGCACGGGAUGUUAUGGGAGCGGACCCAGGAAAGCGGAUGCCUGUUCGGGUCGGACUGCCAACAAAUCCGAGAAGGCGAUGAUUGCAGACCUCAUGUUUUCUUUUUUCUUCAGUUUCUCAUCGAAUGCCAUUUUCUUGAUUUGUGUGGAUGUAUGAUGCACUUUGACUUCGUAUGUUGGGGCGGAUGCUGCAAGGCUACAUUGUACUUUUGCCAGUUUCCUAUUGAG